AUGCAUUAUUUGGGAUAUGAUUAUGUUGCUAAUGGCCGUGCGAAACGAGAUGGUUCUAUUCCUAUAUUAUUUGCACUCAUGCAAAAAAAAUCAAAAAUUGCAUACAAUGUUAUUGUUGAAUAUUUACGGUCAUWAGCUCCAACAYUAAGGCCAACUAAUAUAAUGACUGAUUUUGAGCCAGCCUUACGUGAUUCCUUAUUGGAAAAUUUUCCUGAAGCUGUUGCACAUGGGUGUUGGUUUCAUCAUAAUCAGGCAGUAUGGAAAAAUGUUGUGAAGCUAGGUUUUUUGCAUUUGGUUAAUACAAAUGAUAKAGCUCUAAAAAUUAUUAGAAUGCUGAUGUCAAUUCCUUUAUUGCCUGCUAUGUCGAUGCGACUAGGUUUUGAUGAAUUGCGUCUUUACUCCAUAAGAAAUAAUGUCAAUUUCGAAUCCCUUUUUUCUUACUAUGAAAGGUUCUGGUUAGAUAGAAUGGGAACACAAUUUGUUUCUGUGUAUAAUUGUCCAAGACGGACAAACAACAAUGUAGAAUCAUUUCACAACAAACUGCGUCUUAAAUUUUGUUCUGCCCAUCCAAACUUAUGGAUUUUUAUUGGUAAUUACUAG